ACUCGUCUCCAUGGAAACAGCGUCAGAACGUUCCAGAUGGAGCCGGACCGACCCGAACCGGAACGACCCGAACCAGAGCCUAAGACCAGCGACUUUUACCGAACCGAGCCGAACCUCCCCGAGCGCUUCAACCGCCCGAGCCGCAUGUUAGGAUACAGUUCUAAGCAGGUUCAUCCUCUGUACAGAACCACCAACCAGAGCUACGGAAACAGCGCCCCCACUGUUCACCACAUGCCAACGUGUUUUGCGGCGCUCUCCUCACGUUUCUCCAGAGAAAAGUUUCACGGUGGAAUGUUCAUCGACAGCGGCUUCAACACCACGCUAGACAAGAGCCGCGUCUCCACAGCAACGGCUCGCCCCAAAGGACACGCCCACCACCUGCACCUCACGGGCGAGCAGGGACAAUAAUACUACAAACAUGGACGAGCGGGGACAAUAAAACUACAAACAUGGACGAGCGGGGACAAUAAAACUACAAACAUGGACGAGCGGGGACAAUAAAACUACAAACAUGGACGAGCGGGGACAAUAAAACUACAAACAUGGACGAGCAGGAACAAUAAAACUACAAACAUGGACGAGUGGGGAGAUUAAAACUACAAACAUGGACGAGCGGGGACAAUAAAACUACAAACAUGGAUGAGCGGGAACAAUAAAACUACAAACAUGGACGAGCGGGAACAAUAAAACUACAAACAUGGACGAGUGGGGAGAUUAAAACUACAAACAUGGACGAGCGGGGACAAUAAAACUACAAACAUGGACGAGCGGGGACAAUAAAACUACAAACAUGGACGAGCGGGAACAAUAAAACUACAAACAUGGACGAGUGGGGAGAUUAAAACUACAAACAUGGACGAGCGGGGACAAUAAAACUACAAACAUGGACGAGCGGGGACAAUAAAACUACAAACAUGGACGAGCGGGAACAAUAAAACUACAAACAUGGACGAGUGGGGGACAAUAAAACUACAAACAUGGAUGAGCGGGGACAAUAAAACUACAAACAUGGAUGAGCGGGGACAAUAAAACUACAAACAUGGACGAGUGGGGGACAAUAAAACUACAAACAUGGAUGAGCGGGGACAAUAAAAUUACAAACACGGACGAGCAGGGACAAUAAACCAAAACUACAAACAUGGACGAGUGGGGGACAAUAAAACAAUACAACUACAAACAUGGGCGAGCGGGGACAAUAAAACUACAAACAUGGAUGAGCGGGGACAAUAAAACUACAAACAUGGAUGAGCGGGGACAAUAAAAUUACAAACACGGACGAGCAGGGACAAUAAACCAAAACUACAAACAUGGACGAGUGGGGGACAAUAAAACAAUACAACUACAAACACGGACGAGCAGGGACAAUAAACCAAAACUACAAACAUGGACGAGCGG